AGUAUAACAAGAAAGAUUAACGCACACGUAUCAUUAGGACACGUCAGUCGUCCAACAAAUAAAGAUAUCAAUAUUCAUUCAACACUCAUAAAUUUGACAACCGGCUUUAACAUGAGACAUAAAACACAUAUAUUUUAUUGCUUUGCAAUUUUAUGCUUCGUGAAUAAAAUUAAAGGAAAUUUGAUCGUAAAUACGAAUUCGGGAAAGGUGGAAGGUAAAGAAGUGAAGUCUAUAUUACAAGAUGAGAAGUACUAUACAUUCGCAGGUAUACCAUAUGCUAAACCACCUGUCGGCAGCCUCAGAUUUAUGCCUCCAGAGCCCCAUCCUGGUUGGGAAGAUGUUUUAGAAGCCAAAAAAGAAAAGAUACACUGUGCGCAAUUUAGUAUUAGAAGAAAUAAAGGCUUCAGUGGAGAUGAAGACUGCUUAUACCUCAGCAUCCACACUCCCAGGCCUUCGGCGAGCGACCUGAACUUGCCUGUUAUAGUGUUCCUAUACAGUGAACACUUUCGAAGCGCUUAUAAUGGCUCCAGAGAAUACGGUCCGGACUUUUUCAUGAAGGAAGACGUAAUUUUAGUCAAUAUUCACCACAGACUUAGUGCCCUCGGCUUCCUGUCUUAUGAGGAUGAUUUACUACCCGGCAAUAAUGGAUUGAGGGACGUAAUUUUGGCAUUAAAUUGGGUAAAGGAAAAUAUUAAAUACUUCGGAGGUGAUUCCAGCCGAGUCACAUUGAUGGGCAGUCAAUCUGGAGGCGUAUUAGUAGAAAUCUUAUUACAUUCGCCGAAAGCAAAGGGUUUAUUUAGUGCUGCUAUUAUCCAAAGUGGGACACUAUGGAACUCGAUGUACUUCAACAACAAAGGCCGAGAAAAGGCCAUAGAAUAUUCCAAAGGCCUGGAGGAAGAGUCUGCUACAAGUUCCUACUUGCUGAAACGGUUGGCUGCUAUCCCUGCCAUGAAGCUUGUGGAGUCAGAACCCUACGCCGUCCAUGCAGAUGAAGCAAGAGCUAUCCAACGAGGUGUUCCUCCCUUCGGCCCGGUCAUCGAACACGAUCACCCUGACGCCAUAAUCACUGAGCUGCCAGACAACAAACCAGUUGAUUUAGGAGUACCCGUCAUGAUAGGGUUUAACUCUCGAGAAGGCAUGGAUAUCUCAGAACGCUAUUUGCAAAAGCCUCAAUACCUCACUUUUGCUGACAGAGAUUUCCUUAUGCUAUUUCCUAUCCGAGUCGACUAUCAUUUUAAAUUACACGAGAAUAUAUAUGGCCAUGCUAGUCAAGAAAUCAAGGAUUACUAUUUCGAUGAAGGUUAUAUUAAAGUCAGCAAACCAGGGGAGUACGUAACUUACAUUGGAGAUAUUAUGUCAUUCUAUCCCACGGACUAUGCUGUGAGAAAAUAUACAAAUACUUCGAGCAGUCCUGUUUUCUAUUACAUGUUUGAUUACAGCGGAGAGCUGAAUUUAAGAAAGAAACUGGUUCUUGAAAAAGCAAUGAGUAUUGAUGGGACAUGGGGCGCUACAACAGGAGAUGAACUUUGUUACUUGUUUGUAUGCAAUGGUUUAAGAAAAGCUUACACUAAGGUUUUAAAAGACGAAGAUUCAGAGGAAAUUAAGGUUUUGAAAAAUAUGGUCAGAUUGUGGACAAACUUCGCGAGAACUGGUAACCCCACUCCGCCGGGCGACGAGUUCAACUGGCAUCCCGCCUCGAAUCAGAAGAAGGAGUGCCUGGUGAUCAGCGACGAGCUGACGAUGGCCGAGCGACUCUACGAUGACACCGUCAAUUUCUGGGACGACUGGAUGGCCAAGUACAGAGCUCUGGCUGUCAACGGGGUUGUGCAAGAUAUUAAGGACGAGUUAUAGAAAUAAA